AACUCGACUUGCCGCCUUUUCAUUCUAGUUUUAACCGCACCCCGCGUGUAGACGUAUUUAUUUUUUAGACGUUUAAAUUCAGAACCCAAAAUUCAAAAAUGGAAUUCGUCGGCAAGAAGUACAAAAUGACCUCCUCGGAGAACUUCGACGACUUCAUGAAGGCUAUCGGCGUGGGUCUGAUCACCCGCAAGGCGGCCAACGCCGUGACGCCGACCGUCGAGCUGAAGAAGGACGGAGACAACUUCGUGCUGGUCACCUCCUCCACCUUCAAGACCACCGAGAUGAAGUUCAGCCCCGGACAGGAGUUCGACGAGGAGAGGGCUGACGGCGCCAAGGUGAAGUCGGUGUGCACCUUCGAAGGCAACACGCUGAAGCAGGUGCAGAAGGCACAGGAUGGCUCGGAGGUCACCUACGUGCGGGAGUUCGGGCCUGAAGAGAUGAAAGCCGUGAUGACCACCAAGGAUGUGACCUGCACGCGAGUGUACAAGGCCCAGUAAACUGCCCCAAGACUGCGGGCCACCGCCCUAUUCUAUCUCCUAUUACUAUAUAGCACAAGUAUCAUUAUUAAACUAUAAAUUAUAUUUUUAUUUAGGGUUUGAGUGCUAGUUAGAAUGGUUUACGAUUCGUUCGUAAAUGGAAAUUUAUAAAUACCAUCUUGAUUGUAGUUAGGUUCCUAUACAUUGAUUGUAUGUUUGUAAGAUCGAGGGUACGUAAGUGUUUGCGCAGGAAUGAAAGCCCUUUAGCUGUUGUAUAAGUUUUUCAGUGCAUAUUUAAAUAAAUAUGGUUUUGUAA